AUGCCCACCCACACUGGAGGGAACAUUACGCAACGGAGCACGAGCCCGCAAAGCCUGCGACUGAGGCUGCAGGCACAUUGCAAGGACGGCCAGAGCGCGCCAAUGCCGGCUGCCCACUUCCCGGCAAUUAAUAGGCCCCAAGCAGGCACGCCACAACAGCCAGCUGGAGCUGCCCUUGAGCCCAGGGCUGCGCCAGGAGGGAAGGAGCCGGCCGCCUUGGGCGGCACUAAGGACGGCGCUAGGCAGAAGCCGGCGCCCACUCAGUAG